AUGGAGGCACACUACCCGGGUCGCCUAUGUACUUUUGAGAAAGUGAUCUAUUUUAGUUUUCAAAAAACCUGGGACUCCCCUGCUUACAUUGCAGCCAUGCUGUCUAAUGAACCAAGUGGGAUAAUCAUGACCUUCCACCCAACCAUGGAAGAAUUUAAAGAUUUCAACAAAUAUAUUGGUUACAUGGAAUCCCAAGGUGCCCACCGAGCUGGCCUGGCUAAGGUCGUUCCACCCAAGGAAUGGAAAGCCAGACAGACCUACGAUGAUGUCAAUGACCUCGUAAUAGCCACUCCCCUCCAGCAGGUGGCGUCUGGGCGAGCAGGUGUGUUCAUUCAAUACCACAAAAAGAAGAGGGCCAUGACAGUGGGGGAGUAUCGCCUGCUGGCCAACAGUGGACAAUACCAGACUCCACCACACUUGGAUUUUGAGGAUCUGGAGCGGAAAUACUGGAAGACGCGCCUGUACGAUUCGCCCAUAUAUGGCGCUGACGUCAGUGGCACCUUGUUUGAUGCCGACACUAAACAAUGGAACCUUGGCCACCUGGGAACCAUCCAGGACCUGCUGGAGCAGGAGUGUGGGGUGGUCAUCGAAGGCGUCAACACCCCCUACCUGUACUUUGGCAUGUGGAAGACCACCUUCGCCUGGCACACGGAGGACAUGGACCUUUACAGCAUCAACUACCUGCACUUCGGGGAGCCCAAGACGUGGUACGCGGUGCCCCCCGAGCACGGCCAGCGCCUGGAGCGCCUGGCCAGGGAGCUUUUCCCGGGCAGUUCUCGGGGCUGCGAGGCCUUCCUGCGGCACAAGGUGGCCCUCAUCUCGCCCAGUGUCCUCAAGGAGAACGGGGUCCCGUUCAGUCGCAUCACUCAGGAGGCUGGGGAGUUCAUGGUGACGUUUCCCUACGGCUACCACGCUGGCUUCAACCACGGCUUCAACUGUGCGGAGGCCAUCAACUUUGCCACCCCGCGCUGGAUCGACUAUGGCAAAGUGGCCUCUCAGUGCAGCUGCGGGGAGGCCAGGGUGAGCUUUUCCAUGGACGUGUUUGUGCGCAUCCUGCAGCCCGAGCGCUAUGAGCUGUGGAAGCGCGGGGAGGACCGGACUGCUGUGGACCACGUGGAGCCCACGGCGCCGGGCAGCCGGGAGCUGAGCGCCUGGAGGGAGGGCCGGGCGGCCUGGAGAUCUGCGCUGGGCCUGAGGCACCUCCAGCCCCGUCGGGCCACGCACACCCCUCCAUCAGUGGGCACGGGCCGUGGGUCCCGCCGCCACCGCAGCAGCCGGGCCCCUGUGCGCCAGCCAUCCCUGCGCCCCUGGCCAGCCCCGGGUUCUGCCUCCGCCGCCCAGCCCGCGGCCUUCUCCUUGAAGCCCGACCCAUCCUCACAGCCAACCUCCGGCCCAUCUGCCCAGGAUCUCCAGCCAACUGGCACACGUGGUCGUGGUCGUGGUCGAGGUCGUGGUCGUGGUCGUGGUCGUGGUCGAGGUAGCUAUCCUCAGGAACAGGGGACUCAAGAGUCGAUUGUUCAGGCCCCGGCUAAGAGGCGCCGCCUAGUGGGCGCAGUGCACACAGCUCCGGAUCCUCAAGCCCAGCCUGUGCCUGAGGACAAACCCUCCAUGGACAGCCCAGCACCGCUGGACCCAGCAUCCUAAGGUGGCUUUUGGGUGCCGCUGUGCUCCCGUCCCCGAAACCCAGGGGACGCCUACCUUUGUUCUCCAUGUUCUUUUGUGUGGAGAUUCGAGCCUGGCCACAUUUACAUCUCAAGGCUGUGAGCAACUUUGUAAGUCACUGGUCUUGCAUGAGAGUUCCCCGGUGUUGCCUCUGGACUGGCUGAGUCCCUGGUAUUUAACAAGAUCGCCAUAGUUUAUUCUUCCUCCCAGGCCCUGGAAUGUCUUUGGACACUGCUAACUCCUGUGUGGCCAAUUGAGCUUUCACCCACUGGACACCCCAUGUCUAUGUGCACCCUAAAGGUUCUGCUGAGUUUGCCAAAGACUGAUCUACCCCAGACUCCCAUCCUCUGGAACAGCUGUGGAUGUUGCCCAUCUUCAGAAGAAUCCUGGGCUUUGGUUCCCCUCCAGUCUCCCUCCCUUUUCUUUUCUUCCUUCCCCUGCCCCUCCACCCCGCUUUCCUGCUAAACCAGGCCCUUUUGACCAGUUAGGUCAGCAGAGGCUCAAAAAUCAGUUAUGAUCUUUCUGAGUCAUUGAUAUGUUUAAAAUGCUGUCACCAGUAUUUGUUCACAAAUAUAUUAAAGGUAACUGAUAUCUGA